GAGGAAGCUCCACACUAUAAAGCCCCUACAGCUUCAACACAUCAGCACAUAAAUGAUCUGACUCAAAAAGAGACAUGUCAAGCGAACAGAAGAAAAAUAACCCUACUCCUAAAAAGGGAGACAUGGUUGAAUUUCCACGUCCAGAAGGUUUCUCCCACUUCGGAACUGCAGAUGGAGAGGGCUAUGUGAUCCACGCCACAUCUGACACCACAGCGAGUGGGAGUGUGAUCAAAAAGGAACCUCUGGAGAAGGUGGCUGCGGGUGGAAAUUUCAAAGUCAAAAACCAAGACGACAAGAAGACCCCUCUCCCUCCUGACACUAUUGUUUCACAGGCAAAUGCCAGAGUUGGCGAAAAAGUGGAUUACGGGCCCUUGAGCUAUAAUUGUGAAACCUUUGCCUCGGAGAAUAGAUACGGGAAAGGCCAAGGCCAUUCUGAACAGGCAGAGAAAAUCAAACAAAGUGCCGCUGAAACAGGAAAAUCCAUUUUGAGCCACGCAAAGGACACCCACAACCCCUUUGAAGGCAAAUAAGGGACGACACAAACUUCCUGUAAUUAACGUUUGCCUUUGCGAACUUUCUAUAAUAAACCUUUGCAUCAA